AGACCCCUAGACUGUACAGUGUACCAAAUGAAAAAAAAAUUAAACCUAAUAUUCUUUCGUGUUCUUCACUGAAUGUAUUUUAAUAUUUUUGUUUGAGAGUUUGAGCUGAUAGUCUCUUUACCAAUGAUUUAAAUUUAAGUGUGAUUAUAAUUUCUUAUCGAGAAUAGAAGUUACCUACUAUAAUAUUUUAUACAAUUUACGUAAAAAUUAUAUUGACAUUCGUGACAACUGAGUGUAUCAAGUCAUGAAGUCAACAACUUAUUAGUAAUUAUUAUAGGCGAAUUGUAAAUAAAGAUGCGUUUCCCCUCUUCACUUGUGUAAAUAAUAAAUAUUAUCGAUUACCUUUAAUCUUUAUAAUGGCAUUUGUAUAUCAAGGCGACGCAGAUUUAGAGGCGAAGGCUAAAAAAGCGGCUGAACGUAUCUCUGAAAAUAUGCACAUAGUGGCCAAUGAACCCUCAUUGGCUUUAUAUAGACUACAAGAACAUGUCCGUAAAGCGCUACCACCAAUGGUUGAGCGCAGAGUUGAAGUCACCAAACUGCAACAUGAACUACGGGGAAGAUGUUAUGAUGUUGAAUAUGCUUUGAGCGCUGUUAAAUCAAUGGAUGCUGCCACACAAAGUUUUCAAAACAUUCAAGAAAUGCUGAAGCAGUCAAUAUUCUUAAAACAGCAGCUAAAAUAUGAGGAAACUAGGAGAAAUAAAAAAGAUACAAACUCUGUGUACAAACGUUUAUCUGCUCAUAUUGUUCUAGAUCUUCCAGACUUGUCCGAAUUCUCAAUGGUCCGGGAGACUACUAAUAGGAUAGAGAAUAUAAUGGCACAUGCUAGAGGCUCUAAUGCAGAACUGCACAGGUCCCAUACUACUUUGCAUUAGUUCAAACUGAUCUUACAGAUUCAUUCAAAAUAUUAUUUAAAAAAAAAUAUCUGGCCAAGAUCACAGGUUGAUAUGUAUGUAUACUGUGUAUCAAUAUUACAAGAGGCAAAAUAUGUUAUAAUACAUCUAUUUAAUAGAAAAAAAAACAAGCUCACCAGCACACAUCCUUUUUUGCAUAUUACUAAAUAACUAAACAAUACAAUUAUUUGUGCCAAAACUUUGCAUAGCUAUAUUUUCAAAUGAAUUAAUUUUUAAAUUUAAUUAGUUAUAAAAAUUUGAACAGCACUUCAUGGGUUACCUGUUCACAAUUUAUUUAUAAUGUAAUUAUCACAUUACAUUCCUUCCAUGAGUUAUUAUAAUGUAUUUAUAAUAUAAAUCUCAAAGUUUUAGAUAUAGGAUAAAAAACUGAUGGUUCACUAACGGCCAUUCCCAAUAUUCAGUCUAUCUCUUACUUGAGAUAAAAAUUGUAACAAUCGUUGACUUUUCUGUCCCAAUAAACUUAUCGUAGGUAACUCACCUUAUCCGUACACUCUGUCUGUCAAUGGAAUGACAUAUAGCUUACCAGCUAUAGAAGUUUGUAUGGAAAUUGCAAUUCACAUGUCCCAAUAUGAGGGGAUAAGAAUGACUAAUUGGGUAUACUGGGACAGCUUCAGAUUAUUGACAUAUAAUUAUUGACAGUAGAAGGUAGUAAUUUAUCUCUAUCUGUAGAUAGUAUAUUGGGAAUGGCCAUAAGUCAUUGUGUGAACUAUCACAAACGUAUUUACGCAACAAUAAAUAAGAGUCACAACAAUUAUUCAGAUUAGUCCAAGCAAAGUUUUUUAAAUUGUUGCCAGCUAUUAAAAUUUGAAUAUGACUUGAUUUCCUAGAAGAUUUUUCCACUUCUCAAGAUCAAAUUGUUGUAGUUGUAACUCUCAAAAUAAGUUUAUAUCAGUUAUGAACAUAAAAUUUUAUAAGUGUGAACAACAUAUUCGCUUCAAUCCAGAUUGAACUAGUUUACUUACCUUGCUUGAUUAUGGAUGUAAGUAUUUUGUUUUUAUUUGCUUUUAGCUGUCACUAACCUCCAAAGCAUUUGCAUUUUUUAAUAUAAAAUAAUAUUAAAUUAGCACACAAUCUACAUUAUGUAAUUAUUUAUUAAUUAUGCACUAACAACUCUUGCUUAUACACAAUCUUAACAUAAACUAAAAAUAAAAACAUUAAAAUCC